GUAUACUUUGAAAGGGAAUUUAAAGCGCCAGGAGAAGCUGAUCAGCUAACAACUAUAAACUCCUGCCGUUCCUUCAGGAAUUGCAGUAAAAGGCACCCUUAUUUAAUUAGCGGUGGUUUUUUUUAUUAUCAUAACGUGUAUACAAUCUCUUCACCUUUUCAUUUACAUUAAAAAAAAACACCCAAGUUCUGCAUAAUGAAGAAAAAUUAAGUCCGUUGCAGAAGAGGAGGGGGAAAGUAGUUGGCCAUCAAAGUUGGGAAAUCUGGGAAAGCUGGCCAUUGUGCAAAUAGACAGCUGCAGGGAUCUUGAGCUUGCUUUUUAAUUAAGAGUGAUCACUAAUUAAGUUUGGUUCUACAAAUAAAAGCAGCUACCUUGAAGGACAAGGUAAUGUUCAUUUAUACAGUUGAGAAAUCAUGAAAUCAAUGUCACUUGCAGCCAUUUUUUUGUGCAUUCUAAUACCAUCAUUUGAGACCAAGCAAUUUAUGCCCAAUGGCUGCUACUGUUUCUGCCCACCAUAUCAGAAUUUAAGUGCAAUGACUUUCUGGAAAAAAGAAUUUCAGGAUGACUGUAAUUGCCUAUAUACAAUGGAGCCGAUGCCAGUACCAAGACAUGAAGCCGAGGCAUAUUGCUUGCUAUGUGAUUGCAAGUUUGUGGAAAGAAAUAACCCUGCCACUAAGAUUAUCCUCAUCGUUUUGCUCUCAGUAUUUGGAGCUGUUUUACUUUUAAAAGUCUUUUCAGUGGUAGUUAAGUACUUCAUCCAUAAACCUGAUGCCUAUACUAAGCCCCUGCACAAUGAAGAAGUGUCAGAAGAUCCCCACACUUGAUCUACUCCCCAAUCCACCUAAGAGAAUAUGCUGCAUAUGAAGCAAGCUACUAGUUGUACAUUACAUUGAUGAGCACUGCCAUUUCCUUUAUUUGUUGCUGUCAGGAAAAUAAUAACUGUAGGAUAACUAUUUUACUUCAAAAGUGAGAAACAAUUGCAACUUAAUUUGGUUUCUACAAUCUUCCAAGCAUUGGUCUGGUUUGGUGAUAAAAAUGUGGCAUGCAUGUAUUUGUUAUUGCUUACAAACCUGUGGCUUAGGUUUUAGCUCGAGCCGGAUGUAUUAUUAAUUGAAUAAAAACAGCAGCAUCAUUUUCA